AAAGCCACGUAAUCGGCCAUUUGGUGUGCCGAUGCUGUUGAUGAUGGUGGUGGAGAUGGAGAUGGUGGUGGUGGUGGGAGUUGCGAGCGAGAUCUAAUGGUUCUGAGCAACUUGUGGUAGCUACUGCAGCAACACCCAGAAGAGACGGAGAGAGAGAGACAGAGAGAGAGCCUCAAAUCUUAUCUCCACCCAGUUCAAGUGUGUCUGUCCUUCCCCUUCUUCCUCGAGUUCUUGUUUUUGGUUCUGGACCAGAGUUAAACAGUGCAGCCCGCAAUGGGAGAGGAGGAGGCCAAGAAGCAGGAGGAAGCGACACCGGACAAGAAGGAAGAAGAGAAGAAGCCCGAGAAAGCGGCGGAUGAGGAGAAGAAGGGAGAGAAGAAGGCGGAGGAAUCCAAGGACCCGCCUCCUCCUCCUCCGCCGCCGCCUGAAAUAGUGCUCAAGGUCUACAUGCAUUGCGAGGGCUGUGCUCGCAAGGUCCGCCGGUGCCUCAAAGGCUUUGAUGGAGUGGAAGAGGUGACGACGGACUGCACGACGCACAAGGUGGUGGUGAAGGGAGAGAAAGCAGAUCCGCUCAAGGUGUUGGAGAGAGUGCAGAAGAAGAGCCACCGACAAGUGGAGCUUCUCUCUCCUAUUCCGAAGCCGCCUGCACCGGAAGAGAAGAAGCCUGAAGAGAAAGAACCCCCCAAGCCCCAAGAGAAGAAAGAAGAGCUGAUCACGGUGGUGCUCAGCGUGAAUAUGCAUUGCGAGGCUUGUGCUCAGGAAAGCAAGAAACGCAUCCUCCGAAUGAAAGGGGUGGAAUCAGCUGAGCCAGAUCUGAAGAGCUCGGAGGUGACGGUGAAGGGGGUCUUCGAGCCACCGAAGCUGGUGGAGUACGUGUACAAGAGGACGGGGAAGCACGCGGCGAUAGUGAAGCAAGAGCCGGCGAAGAAAGAGGAAGAGAAGCCCAAAGACGCCAAGGAAGAGAAGAAGGCGGACGAAGGAGGAGGAGGAGGAGGGGACAAGAAGAGCGAGGGAGAGAGCAAGGAGAAGAAGGAAGGGGACGCCGCCGAGGCCGAGGCCGAGGCCGAGGCCACGGCGGAGAACAAGGUACGGGAGAUGAUGAACGAGUACUAUUACUACUCUCAGUUUUACUCUGCCCCGAGAAACGUGCCCAUGGAUGUCUACGCGCCUCCGCCGGCGUACAAUUACAAUCAACCUCUGGUGGCGACUGCAGCAUACCCACCUCAGAUCUUCAGCGAUGAGAACCCCAACGCCUGUUCUGUCAUGUAAAAACUGAGACACCCUGAGGGUAGAAAUGGGAAUAAAAUCCUUUCCCCCCCAUGUCCUGGCUCCAUGCUCUGCAUGUGCCCUGUCCCUUGUUUAAAAGAGCAUAUCAACUACAGAUGAAGCGGUAGAAUUUUGUUUUGGUCU